GUCUUGGCUCUCCGCGCGCCGGGCUAACGGCUCACAGUGGGGAGCCCGUGAUGGGAGACCUCCCUGCUCCCCCACCUGCCGGGGCGCCCCCACCGAGGCGGCAGGGCUCUAGGCAUGAGACGGGGGGGCGCUAUUCCUGUUGCCCUGAGCGCUCCUGAGGGAUAGGGUCCUGGGGCGCCCGGGGGCGGGGCACGGGGAGGCCCGGCGGUCCCGCCAGGGAGUCGGGCGCGGGCGCUGCGGGCACCUGUUGCGGUGCGCGGGGCGGUGAACGAGGCUCACCUGCGCGAGGCCCUGCCCAGGGCGGGCGGCGGGCGCACAGCUGAGCCGAGGUUCCGACGCCCGGCCCGCGUCUCGGGCUUCCGCCGGGUCAGCUGACCGCCCAGUGCGGAACUAAGCGCCGGCCGAGCUCCCCGCCGCCGCCGCGCUCCUGCUCCGCGCUCCGCACUCUGUCCCGCGCGCCCGCCCCGUCGCCAUGGCCGGGCUUGUGGUCAAUGGAACGCAAGUGUCCUACAUAGGCCAGGACUGCAGAGAGAUUCCAGAGCACCUUGGCAGGGACUGUGGACAUUUUGCAAAGAGGCUGGAUCUGAGCUUUAACCUUCUGAGGUCACUGGAAGGACUGAGCGCGUUCAGGAGCCUGGAGGAGCUCAUCUUGGACAACAAUCUUCUCGGGGAUGACCUCGUGUUGCCAGGGUUACCCAGGCUCCACACCUUAACCCUCAACAAGAACCAAAUCACUGACUUGGAGUAUCUGCUCGAUCACCUGGCAGAAGUGACACCAGCUCUGGAGUACCUCAGCCUGCUGGGGAAUGUGGCAUGUCCCAACGAGUUGGUCAGCCUGGAAAAGGAUGAGGAAGACUACAAGAGAUACAGAUGCUUUGUUCUGCACAAACUGCCCAAUUUGAAGUUUCUGGAUGCUUGGAAAGUAACCAAACAAGAACGAGAGGAGGCUUUGGUCAGAGGCGCGUUCAUGAAGGUGGUGAAGCCCAAGGCCUCCAGUGACAGCGUUGCUGCCUCUCCGAAGAGCCACUACACACCCCUGCCUUCUGCUUCCAGGGAACUCACCAGUCACCGAGGUGUCCUGGGGAAGUGUCGCUAUGUUUACUAUGGGAAAAACUCAGAGGGCAACAGGUUUAUCCGCGAUGACCAGCUCUGAAGGCAAGUUCUAUAUGCCUUAGCCAGUGACGUGAGAGUAAAAGAAAAAAGGGAAAGCAAAAAUAAAGAAAAAGCUAAAU